AUGCGCGAUAUGACUGCCUUAACAAACGAAAAUAACCUUACUGAAAAAGUUAUUUUGAAUAACGAUCACGUGAAAUCUGUCGAAGAUGAUGAACCACUCUUACGUGAAAAUCCUUCACGUUACGUUUUAUUUCCAAUCAAAUACCAUGACAUAUGGAAAUUUUACAAACGUGCUUUAGCAUCUAUUUGGACAUGUGAAGAAGUUGAUCUAGCAAAUGAUAUGAAAGACUGGAUACGGUUAACAUCGGAUGAACAAUACUUUAUCAAGAAUGUUUUAGCUUUUUUCGCAGCCAGCGACGGAAUCGUUGGGGAAAAUCUCAUCGAAAAAUUUUCAUCCGAAGUCCAAGCGCCCGAAGCACGUUGUUUCUAUGGUUUUCAGAUAGCAAUGGAAAAUAUCCAUUCAGAAAUGUACAGUUUACUAAUUGAUACGUACAUCAAAGAUCCACUUGAACGAGAUAUAUUGUUCAAUGCAAUUUCUACAUUGCCUUAUGUUAAGAAGAAGGCCGAUUGGGCUAUACGUUGGAUGAAUAAGAAGACUCCAUUUGCCGAACGAUUAGUUGCAUUUGCUUGUGUCGAAGGUAUUUUCUUCAGUGGGUCAUUUGCAUCAAUAUUUUGGCUACGUGAACGUGGCGUUAUGCCUGGACUGACAUUCAGCAAUGAACUAAUCAGUCGAGACGAAGGCUUACAUACUGAUUUCGCUUGUUUACUGUUUGAACAUAUCGUUCACAAGCCAAGUGUUGAACGAAUCGAAGAGAUUCUUCGAGAGGCUGUCGAUCUUGAAAUUGAAUUUCUUACCGAUGCAUUACCAUGUUCACUCAUUGGUAUGAACGCUGCAGCCAUGGCGCAAUACAUCAAAUUUGUAGCUGAUCGUCUUUUAAUUGAACUUGGCUGUUCAAAAAUUUUUCAUUGCGAUUGUCCAUUUGAUUUCAUGAACAAUAUUUCCAUUACUGGCAAGACAAAUUUCUUCGAAAAACGUGUUGGUGAUUAUCAACGUGCCGGUAACGACACAAUCAGUUGUGUUUUUUGUUAUCAAAUACUUUUCACCCACUUCGAUAUGAAUCAAUUGGUAUUGCUAUUGAUUGUGUUGAGUUCAUUAACUCAUUGCGCACGAUCGUCUGUGUGCGAAUUGCCACGCGCACCAGGUCCAUGUCGCGGAAUGUUUCCUUCGUUUUAUUUCAAUUUGCAAACAGGUCGAUGCGAAGAAUUUAUCUACGGUGGUUGUGAUGGUAAUGAAAAUCGUUUUCAAACAGAGCAAGAUUGUCGAGCUACAUGUGAUGAUCACAAGCCUUCGAAAGAAUUUCAUCAUUUAAUAAUCCAGCAUAGAGACAAUUUGGAAAUUUACCAUUUCACUGGUCAUGCGCUUCUAUUAAAAGAGCGAUAA